CCAGUGAUAUAUAAGCCAGGGUGGCGUUUCCAGCAGUCUCAGUGCCUGCACUACUUGUGAGAUCUACUGUUCUCUUCCAGUCCCCCUCAUCAUGCGUCAUUCAGUCACUCUUUUAGUAGUGGGGUUGGCUAGUGUGGUGAUGGCUCGCUAUGCACCCACCAGAGACCACAAUCAGGACUGGCUCUCCCUCAUAUCCGGCAAGCAACAGCUCAAAGAUGCUCGCAUCAUCUACACGCUACUCAAGAAUGAUCCUGACUUCUAUAUGGGCAAGAAAGAAAACCAAGGGUUUGACAGUAGCGAGAAGGACUUCCAAGGCUUCCAACACCCCUUCUACUACCACCAGAAGCAGCAACAGGGACCUUCCAGGGAGCCUUUCGUCUUCAGCAGGCUGGGGAACUUAGGACCCAUGGACACACAAACCGUAGUAGUGGAAAUCCCCUUCAGACACGGACGCCUUAUUGGGGAAGGAAAUCUUGGAGCUCAAGCCCCUUCUCAUCCUAUGAAGGAUAACCUUCUACCAGGAACUGUGUAAAACACACAAUAACCUUAGUAGUAUUGAACCUAGAAUUAUUCGCUGUUUACCCUUCGGUUUUCAUCUGUAAUAUUGCCACUAACAAUCUUUCAAGGGAUAUUCUCAUAUUUAAGGUGGUAGGCUUCGACUAGAUAAUGUCAGUGCCCCUGGAGAGGAUGGCACUCAUACCUUGCCAUAAAUAGUUAAUAGAGGCUGUAUUAAAUAUCCAGUUCCAUGGUUUUAUAUAUGAAGCUGCGUUAACAUUAAGUGUUUCCCUUUAUCUACAGGAUUAUAUCAUUUUACAGUACUCCAUAUACUUCUAUCAAGUGGGAUGGGUCCUUUGCUUUGUAAACUAUCUCUCCCACCACUCGACUAUAGCCACGUUAAGCAAAAAAAAUCAUAGGCUAUAAAUCUAUCUUUUGUCUGCCCUCUUAUAUGCAAGUAAGCACUGAACAAUGGCUAUAAUUGAUUUUCACUUACCGUCAUUGAGCCGAUUGGAGACUUCAUCAUACUUCUGGACACUUUCAUUCGAGUAACCCACAUUUAGUAGUACAUAACGCAAAAAUUUUCGGCCUACAUGAAACCCUCCUCAAGUAGACUGCAAGUACUAUGUGCGUUUUAUUAAAGUACCGAAUGUGGAUUACUCGACUGUAUUACCCAUACUGUCUAUGUAUGGUUCACUUAGUCUGGACACUUAGAAAUAACUAUGACUACGGUUGUAAUUUUUAUUACUUUGCAAGCACAUGAGGCUCCUAAGUGUUAACUACUGUAUUUCGAAGAUACCAGUGGAUGACAAAAAUUAAAUGACAUUUCAUGAAAAUGUGGAGGAAACUAUAAAUAUUGUAACAUGCAAAUUAUUUAAUAUGUGAACAUAAGACACUGUUAUAUAGAAAGGUUGUUAUUGUCAUAAUAUAAAAGGCUGGUGAAAGAGCAUUAUCUAUGUUUUAAGUUUAUAAUAGGAAUUUAAAUGAGGUCAUAAUAUAGAGCAUACAAAGGCCAAUGUUUCAAUUUAUGAAGAUUUAAUACGAUUCAAGUACUAGGCUGCAUCACUAAUAGAAAAUGGUGGCAAUAAAUGCUGUCUGUUAUAGUUAAGCCUAUAGUAACACUUUAAAAAAGGCUAUAAUGAAAUGAUAGACACAAGUACAAAUGGGAUUAAAUCAUACUUUACUAAAUCUUGUUUGAAAUCUGGGAACUCCUCUUGCAAGUAAAAAAUAAGCUGUAGAAAAUGUGUAUUACAAAAGAGAAUUAUAAUUGUAUAAGUGUUUAAUGACAAACAAAUAUAGA